AUGACACGACGUAAAAUUCUUUUCUUUGCUUCAAAAUCUUAUGAUGAGAAAACAUUUAGAGCAGCUCUCAAAUCAUUAAAUGGUCAAGAUAAACUGCAUUUUACUUUUCUUGAGAGUAAAUUGAGUGAAGAAACAAUUUCCGAAGCUCAAGGUUUUGAUGGAAUAUGCAUUGUUAAUAGUGAUGCUCGUAAUUCAAAAGUCAUGGAAAAAAUACACGACAUGUGUGAUACUGUGAAAAUAAUUGCUUUAAGAAGUGCUGGUCAUAGUGGUUCUUCUGUUGAAAUAGCUAAACAAUAUGGUCUUCAUGUAUGUCGUGUACCAAGUUAUUCACCACAUGCUGUUGCUGAACACGCAGUUGCUCUUUUAUUAUCACUCAAUCGUAAUAUGCAUCAUGCAUUUUUCCGAACAAAAUUACAUAAUUUUAGUUUGGACGGUCUCGUUGGUAUUGAUAUUUUUGGUAAAACUGUUGGUAUUAUUGGAGCUGGUAUUGUUGGCAUGUGCGCAAUUAAGAUCUUUUUAGGAUUUGGCUGUAAAGUUUUAGCUUACGAUAUUAAACCUAAUGAAAAUGCUGCUAGAGAACAAGGUUUUCAAUAUGUAACAAUCGAUGAGUUACUCACAGAAAGUGAUAUUAUUUCUCUUCAUGCGCCAUUGAAUGAUUCAACCUAUCAUCUGAUUAAUCGAGAAGCUUUAAAUAAAAUGAAAUUUGAUGCAAUGUUAAUUAACACAAGUCGUGGUCCCCUAGUUGAUGCAAAUGCUCUUGUUGACUGUCUAAAGUCAGGAAAACUACGUGGAGCUGCACUUGAUGUUUAUGAACAUGAAGAUAAAUAUUUUUAUAAGAAUUAUAGUCAACGAAUUAUGAAUGAUGAUAUAUUAGCACGUUUGAUUUCAAUGCACAAUACAAUUGUGACAUCGCAUCAAGCAUUUCUUACAGAAGAAACAUUGAAAACAAUCGCAGAAUCUAUUAUUCAGAAUUUUCUUGAGUUUUUCAAUCAAUUACAAACUGACAGUGUAAAAGAGUAA